UAGGUUUCACUUAAAUUGAGUGUUAAAAUAAUUUUAAUGUCGUCCCUUCCUCAUUACGCGAAGGGUGAAGUUAUAAAAGGGUUCGGUAGAGGUUCUAAGGAGUUAGGAAUACCCACAGCAAAUUACCCAGAGGAUGUUGUGAAUAAUUUACCAGAAAAUUUCGCCAAAGGAAUUUAUUGCGGAUUUGCUUCUGUGGACAACGGGGCUGUCCAUAAAAUGGUAAUCAGCAUUGGUUGGAACCCAACAUACGGAAAUACCACAAAAUCCAUGGAAACUCACAUAAUGAACAUGAACGAGGGGGAUUUUUAUGGGAAAGAAUUAAAAAUAGUGAUUUUAAAUUAUAUAAGGGACGAGGUUAAGUUUACCACAAUAGAAGCCCUCAUAGAAACCAUCCAUUCCGACAUUAAAUAUGCUGACGAAGAGUUAAACAAACCUGAAUAUGAAAAAUAUCGCUCCGAUAAUUUUUUUAAAGCCUAAUAAAUAAAAAAAUACGUUAAAAUCAUUAAACUUUAUUACU